AAUCCCCUGUAAUAGUAUUGCAAUGGCAGAGAGGAAUCCUCACUUCCGUGGCAUUACUUGUCGAUCAUCUCUGUUUUUUGUGUUCGCAAUUGCCUCUUUCCUCUUCAUCUUCUCCUGGUUCUCUGUCUUGCAUUCCACUAGCCGUCCUCACUUCAUUGACCAUAGCAUCUUACCCAAUUCCAAUCUCUUUGCAGUGAUUGACAAUGGAAAUACAAAACCCCAAAAUCAGAAUAACAUCCAACCUUCAGAACCCAACAUGUCAGUUUCUGUGAAUUACACGGCGGAAGCACAUCAAGAUAAAAAAUUGAUGAAAUGCAAUCCAAGUAAGAUAGUCAAGGUUUUCAUGUAUGAUUUACCACCUGAAUUCCACUUUGGGCUCUUGGAUUGGAAAUCGGAAGGGGAUAGUGUGUGGCCAGAUCUUAAAACCAAAAUACCUGAUUAUCCAGGAGGUUUGAACUUGCAACACAGCAUAGAAUAUUGGUUGACUUUAGAUCUACUCUCAUCAACAUUUCCUGACUCAACUGGUGCCCAUAGUGCUGUGAGAGUGCACAACUCAAGAGAGGCAGAUGUUAUAUUUGUCCCAUUCUUUUCCUCCUUGAGCUAUAACAGAUAUUCCAGACCUCAGCCACAUGAAAAGAAGAAUACGAACUACUUGUUACAAGAGAAGCUGGUGAAGUUGUUAACAGCUCAAGAGGAGUGGAAGAGAUCAGGGGGACAUGACCAUAUAAUCAUGGCCCAUCAUCCAAAUAGCAUGUUAGAUGCAAGGAUGAAGCUGUGGCCUGCUAUGUUCAUACUUGCAGAUUUUGGGAGAUACCCUCCAAACAUAGCUAAUGUUCAAAAAGAUGUGAUUGCACCUUACAAACAUAUUAUCAGAACCUUUGUCAAUGACUCAUCUGGUUUUGAUGAUCGUCCGACUUUGCUGUAUUUCCAAGGAGCCAUAUACAGGAAAGAUGGUGGAUACAUUCGACAAGAACUGUUUUAUCUUUUGAAGGAUGAAAAAGACGUGCACUUCUCAUUUGGGAGCGUUAACAAGGGUGGGAUCAAUAAAGCUAGCCAAGGGAUGCACUCAUCAAAGUUCUGUCUCAAUAUUGCUGGUGAUACCCCAUCAUCCAAUCGUCUAUUUGAUGCCAUUGCUAGUCACUGUGUCCCUGUCAUUAUCAGUGAUGAAAUCGAGCUCCCUUAUGAGGAUGUCCUUGACUACUCUGAGUUCUGCAUCUUUGUACGCACAUCAGAUGCUGUCAAAGAGAAUUUUCUCAUCAAGUUGAUCAGGAGUAUCAAGAAGGAAGAAUGGACCCGGAUGUGGAAGAGGCUGAAAGAGGUUGAAAAGUUCUUUGAGUUCCAUUAUCCUUCUCAUGAGGAUGAUGCUGUACAAAUGAUCUGGCAGGCAGUUGCGCGUAAGGUGCCUUCAGUCCGAUUAGAGCUACACAAGUCAAAACGAUUCUCUCAGAAUACAGGCAGGAGGAAAAGGGAUCCAGUAGCUGUUCCAAGGAAAUUUUGGUGAGAUGUGAAUUAAUUCCAAUAGGUGUAGAAGUUUCCUCACUCCAUCCGUCCCAUUGUUUUAUUGAAUAGUUGUUACAAGUCAGAUAA